AUGACUGUAGUCAAACAGAUCGUGAUGAAUUUAACACAAAUCUACGAGCUAAUUUCCGCAAAGAAUAUGAUCGUCUUCCGCCAUCCACGACAGUGAAUCAAGUUGGCGACAUUGACAUGCGCAUCAUCCAAUGGAAAUUUGACGAACUUGACAAGGAUGAAAAUGACGAGAUCGACCUUAGUGAGGUUAAAUCUUUGCAAAGGAUGUUGAAAAAAUUUGUCAAGCCUAAAAAGUGUGCAAAAACAUUUUUUGUGCAUUGUUCCUCAAUGCAUGAGGGCCAGAUCACAAGGAAAGCUUGGUCCGAGUGUCUGGGUCUGGCGACGA